AUGUUAAUGUGUGAAUUUCAGGUUGGCUCAGUAUAAUUAGAUUACAAGUAUAAAUUAGAUUAGGUGAAAGAGGAAUCCCUUCAGUUUUACUUUGAGGACCGUGACUACCACAACCAUGAUUGACGCUGAACCGUGUGCUGCCAAAACUGGCGCGUACAAGUAUGAAGACGGCACGAAGUAUGUAGGGGAAUGGAAUUCCAAGGGCCAAAAACACGGUAUGGGACAUUUGGUCCUACCUGAUGGUACCAGAUACGAUGGAUCAUUGAUGAGUGGACUAUGCUCAGGCCUUGGCGUUAUGUCGUUUCCGGACGGAGCCAAAUAUGAAGGUGAGUUCAUGCAAGGCUGGUUCCAUGGUCAUGGAGUAUUUUGGCGUGCUGAUGGUAUGAAAUUUGAAGGAGAGUUUAGAGGCGGGCGAGUAUGGGGACUUGGUCUGGUAACAUUUUGUGAUGGCAGCAAUGGUUUCCCGAGGAACGAGGGUUUCUUCCAAGAUUGCAAGAUGAUCCGCAGAAAGAGAUGUUCAGAAGUUGUACAGCGCGCGCAAAAAGUAGCCUACAUGGCUCGUGCACAGUGCCAACAAAUGUAACCAGAAUAAUGAUAUAGUGAAUGAUAGAUAUAUUAACAAACAUUAGAAUCAAGAUCAAAUAUCUUUUUAAUCUAAAGUAUUUGAAAUCGUAAAGUAACGAGAAUCCUUGAGUCAGUUUUUCAAGUCUUCAUAAAACAAUGUACUCGUAUUUUUAUUUGGCACAUGUAUUGACUCCUUUUUUAAUAUGGAGAAUAUUUCGCUGCCUAAUUAAGCCAGCUCAAUUCCUUCCAGCUUAGCAUCCGCUUAGAGCUACAGGCUUCUUUGAUUAAUAUCGUGCCUCACUAAGCUAUCUAUGCUGGGAGGAUGAUAGGCCCGUGGUGAGAUGGCAGGGCCCAGUUAUACUGCUAUUAACUAAACUAACUAUUCAGAGAUCAAUGCAACAGAGUUGGCUUUUUGAUGAAUCUUCUUGAUGCUUGAACUAGGCCAGCUUCAGUCUGCAUCAUCUAUGUCUCAGCUCUGUGAAGAGGUACAUAGGCUGGAUGUUAUGGUAGGCUAGGGGCUGUCAUCCAAAAUUUUGAGGAAAUUCUCUGCUUCUUAGCAGUUCAUUGGUAGUAUGAUCCAAUAACCCAAAAUGCCGCUUCAAUGACACCCGAAAACAAGGCAAAUGCCUAGGUUAUUAUAGAUAAAAAUAUCCCCAAAAUGAUUACAGUAAUAAAGCCAACAUUUGUUAAUGUAGCAAUAUUUCUACAUCGACACCUCUCUUUCGAAUUAUUCGCGAUUACAACGGAUUAAACAGGUUUUAUCCGGAGCUGAAUAUAUUCGGUAAUCAAUUGUGCCUAUUUCAUAACUAAUCUGCUGUUUUGCUGGUACUUUCUUUUCUGCUCAACAAACAUUACUAGUAUUUUAUUGUAUUUAUUUUUUAUUUCUUGUAACAU